AUGGUGGUUUCCGGUGGAAAGGAUCACCGACCUCCACCAUCACUGCAGGAAAAGAGUUGGUUCUUGAAUCACAAGAACCGAUCGGAGAUGGAUCCUACGACACACUCUCUUCCACCUCCGUUUCAUACAAGAAACUUCAAUCUUCACCAGUUCCAACAGCAAAAUUCCGAAGAUGAACAAAGCGGCACCAGUGGUCUCAACAUGGGUGGCCACAAAAUAGACCGUGAAGAGAAGAACAACGAAGAGAUGUUAAACACCAGCGGCGGUGGUGGCAGCAGUGAAGGGAAAGACGGAGAAAUGGGAAGAAGGCCCAGAGGACGUCCAUCAGGGUCAAAAAACAAACCUAAACCACCAAUUAUAAUCACCAGGGACAGCGCAAAUGCUCUGCGCACCCACGUCAUGGAAGUUUCCGAUGGAUGUGAUGUGAUGGACAGCAUCAGCACCUUUGCACGCCGCCGGCAACGUGGUGUCUGUAUCAUAAGUGGGACUGGCACUGUCACAAAUGUCACACUCCGGCAACCUGCCUCGCAAGGAGCAGUUGUGACAUUACACGGGAGAUUUGAGAUUCUGUCGUUGUCUGGUUCUUUCCUGCCUCCACCAGCACCGCCUGCGGCUACGGGGUUGACUAUUUACUUAGCUGGUGGUCAAGGGCAGGUAGUAGGUGGCAGUGUAGUUGGAGCACUUUUAGCUGCGGGGCCGGUGGUUAUCAUGGCGGCAUCAUUUAGCAACGCCGCCUACGAAAGACUCCCUCUUGAAGAUGAAGAAAGUACUCUGCCGAUGCCAGGUGGCUCGCUUGGAUCUCCGGGAGCCAUUACACCAUCAUCACAACAACAACAGCAAUUAAUGGGGGAUCCGUCGCUAUUUCAAGGCAUGCCACCGAAUUUACUCAACUCAAUUCAGUUACCAAAUGAUGCUUAUUGGGGUAACAACGGUGGUGGUCGUCCAUCUUUCUAA